AUGGUUACCAUCAAAACCGCACUACCAGAGCCCAGGAUGGUUAAGGGGAAGCCUCUGGACCCUUCAGCUCAGGGAAACUGGAAGAAUGUAGAGCCUGACACAGAAGAGCAGAUGAAUCAAUGGCUCCAGGACGAGGAACGACUCUUGCUGGCACAUUUGACAUAUUAUCAGAAUCUGAUCGAUGACAGCGCUGCACGCCAACAGGUUGUGGAUGCUCAGACAAAGGUAGACGAAGAGUGGAAGAAGUGGGAGCCAGAGUACGACAUGACCACUGGCGAGAUAUAUGACGAAGCCAUACGCAACCGCAUGGACGAGGCAAUGGCCACAGCAAGCAACGACUUGAAGCAGGUAGACCAUGCGAAUAAUAGAAAGAUCCAUGACAUAUACACAGCGGCUCAAGUCAUGUGGAACGGUGACCGCAGCAAGCUGAAGGGACCCAUCGGGCCCAGUCAGCUGCACAUGUUUCCAGAUAACCUUAGACACAGUUCAAAGCACCCUAACCGCCGAGAUCACUUAGCGGAAAAGUUUCCGAUGAGCGACUUACGUCUCGAUGAUGAUGCCAUUGCAAAGAAGCACGCAGAAGUCGAGCAGAGGAGGAAAGAGAAGGGAAAAGCAGACAGAUCUACAGUAGACAAGAGCAAGCACGCGACCAGGAUAACCCUCCCCGAAGACCACCAACUCUACCACGCCACCACAGAAAGCUCUCAGCCAUGGCAGUACAAGGGCCGCCGCGUCCACACAUCCUGGGAGAGCGCGGACUGGGGCCCCGCAGUCGCAAGCAAGCAGCGCGUCCUCGGCACGAAGCGCAAGUCAGACCGACCGUGCUUCAGAACGCACCUCGUCGAACACGUCGUCGACGGCUGGGACACCGCAUACGGGCCCAACCUGGAGCGCACGCGCGACAAUGUCAACGGCGGCUGGGUGCUGGCCCGCACCGGCACCAUGAUCUCGCGCCGCAUCUUCGAGCUCGACGAAGACGACCAGCGCAUCCCCAUCGACCACUUCGAGUACGACAGGCCUACGUACACGCCCUCUGGGACUGUUACGGCGGUUCAUGCGCGUGAUGGGACGUUCACUGCGCGUCGGGAGGCGUACCCGAAGACUUCGCUGGUCAAGUUUGGAGAUGAUGAGUUGUCGGAUGCCAGUGAUGGGGAGUACCACGAAGAUGACGUGCCGCUUCCAGAUCCAUCUGGCGGAGAUCCAUCUGGCGGAGAAUCCUCUGGCGGAGAUUCCUCUGAUGAAGGCGGUGAUGAUGAAACGGAUGACGAUGGCGAUCUGUUUAGGAUGUCGUAUCUCGGCCUGAUUAAUGAGACACCACGCCCUGCACCACCUGGAUCUGAUGGUGGAGACAGUCCUUCUCAUGGCGGAGACAGUCCUCAUCAUGGUGGAGACAGUCCUUCUCACGGUGGAGACAGUCCUUCUCACGGUGGAGGGAACGACCCUUCUGGCGGUGAUGGCUCUGACCCUAAGGGCGGUAGUGAUACCGAGAAUGGAAACGAUGACCCCCCCAGACCUAAUGGUCAUGAGCAGAGAGUCAAAGGGGAAUCAUUUGAGUACGGCGAAGACGAACAGGGGAAGUUCUGUUUUGUCACGAUGAGACACAAGGGCCCAAAAGGAAUUAUGUUCACGCAGCGCGACCGGAUCCCUGUUCCAAACCCUGAUGCCCCCGAAGAUCUCGACGAGAGAGGAAAGCCAUACACUGUAGUUUACCCCAGAAAAUACGAAGACGACUCUUUGGUUCCAGCUCCUAGAGACAAAGAAUCCAAGAGCACGGAGUGGACGCGUGGUGAGAAUGGCGUUUACCAGAGACAUGACAGAGUGUGGCGCCCAAACUUCGUCCAGCGCGCAUUUCGUCGAGACACUGGAGAGUACGUUAAGUAUAUCGACUCAAGAUCUCACUUUGACAAAGUGAUUUCAAGCAACUUUGGUAGCAAAGCUGUUACCGAGUUUAACAAGAAGGUAAACAAAUUCUCAACAAAAAACGACGCAGACACCCAAGCAAAGACUCCCAAGCAACCGGGAUGGAGGAAAGAAGAACUUGAAGCAUUGGCUCGCUACCUUAGUGACGUGGUUCAUCAGAAGGGCCUCAAACAUGUCACGGACAACUGGACUACCGUCGUGAAGGACGUCGCGAAACCUUUCCAGAAGUUCCAGACUGAGACUCUCAAAACUGAGGCCCGUAGCGAUGAGAGCAUCCGCAGAAGGAUUGCUCGAGGCUCAGGAAUAAAGAGAAAGAACGAAGCCGCCGAGAAUCGCAUAGGCACGAUGUCGAAGGCCCAGCAGCAUCCUGCUAAUUACUUCACUGCCGAUGAUUUCAAGGAGGUCAAGGAGGCCAAGGGUGGCGCGACGUCUAAGAAGCGCAAGCAGGAUGACGUGUCCAAGACAGCGCCCCAGACUGGAGGUUCUGAUGACGAGACUGGUAGUGAGGGUGAUGAGUCAGAGGCGCCAAAGAAGAAGAAGCCUAAGAAGCAUUAGCUGCGAUGAUUUAAUAGAAG